AUAUUGUCCUAAUAUCCUCUCUUCUUCUCGUGUUUGUUGACGUAAUGUCGAAAUACGUUCAAGGUUGUAUUACACGGGCUGAUAUACGAGCUAUUAGUGUUGGGGUUUUCCACAUCGUCUAUUCUUCGUCAACAAUUGGCUGUUCGCACAUUUGGCAUGCUGCUAAGCCUCAGAAGCUUAUGCAGUCCCUUCGCUUUUGACCCUGUGUUAAAUUAAACACUUGACCAGUCUACUAGUCACGUCUUACGUCGAUCAAGCUGCGCCCCACAUCGUACAUGGAAGGC